CUGCUGCCCCGGACGGACGGACACCCAAAUCGCCCGCCCGCACGCGCUGGCCCUCGGCGAAACAGGCGGCGGAGAAGAUAUCUCUUUAAGAUGGCCUCAGCUGUCUUGAAUUCCGUUCCCACCACUGCGUCUCGUUUUGCCCUGUUACAAGUGGAUAGUGGCAGUGGUUCUGAUUCUGAGCUCGGGGAAGCCAGAAAAGGUCGAAAUACUGGAAAGCCUCAAGCUUCAGUUAGCAAAUCAGCUACAAAUGAGAAGAAAGAAAAACGGAGAAAAAGGAAGGAACAGCAGCAGAGCGAAGCUAAUGAGCUCAGAAACCUGGCUUUUAAAAAGUCUCCACAUAAAUCUUCCCAGGGAGCUUUUAGCGCGCAACGUGGGCAAGCAUUGCCAAACCCUGUGGUGAAAGGCUCGCUAGAAGAAAAUUGGAACGAGUGGAGACAAAGGGAUGAACAGUUUACAUCAGAAAUGUUUGAAGCAGACCUUGAAAAGGCAUUACUGCUAAGCAAACUGGAUUAUGAGGAACACAAAAAGGAAUAUAAAAAUGUUGAAAAUGCUUCACUUCUGCCAAAGGGGGUGAAUAAGAAAGAAAAAAAGAAGAGCCAUCAGGGAAAAGACAAACCUCUAAAAGUAUCAUUGAAAGAUUUUCAAUCAGAAGCCAAUAUAGAUCACCUUAGUAAAAAAAGUGAGAAAAUGAGCUCUUCCCAGACUUCAUCUCCUGAUGGAGGAUUCUUCAAUAGAUUGGAAGAUGAUGUUCAUAAAAUUCUCAUUAAAGAAAAGAGAAGAGAACAGCUCCCAGACUUUAAUGAAACAAAUAAUUCUGUGGUCCUCAAACUGCCCCAGGAGUUGGCUUUGAAAGAUGGGAGAAUGGAAAGAUUGAAAUUGGAUCUUGAAAAGAAAGAUGCAGAAAUACAGAAGUUGCAAAAUGUGAUCACUCAGUGGGAGGUGAAAUAUAAAGAAGUAAAAUCAAGAAAUACACAGCUGUUGAAAAUGCUACAGGAAGGCGAAAUGAAAGAUAAAGCAGAGAUCCUUUUUCAGAUUGAUGAAUCACAAAGUAUCAAGAAUGAGCUAACUUUACAGGUGUCUGCGCUUCAUGCUGCAUUGGAACAAGAAAGAUCGAAAGUAAAAAUGUUACAGGCUGAAUUAACCAAGUAUCAGGGUUGCAGAAAAGGAAAAAGAAACUCUGAAUCUGAGCAAAGUAGAUGAUCACACCUGCCAUCAAGUUCAAAUUUAAUCUUGUUUAGGUUUUUGCAAAGAUUACAUAAUUAAUACCUUACAACGGCUUAAUUUUGCAGUUUGGGAGAAGUUAAGAUUACUACUUACUGACUGAAAAUCCUCAAAUCAUUCACUGUUGGUUUAAAGUUAAGGGUUGAAACUUAGAAUUUCAAAAGAAUUCAGUGCGUGAGUAAUGUUUACCGCUCAUACCCAUUUCUUUCAUUUUUUCUUGGCUAACAAAAUUUACUUUUCCGUGUAUGUUUGCAUUGUUUUGUUUUUAAAGUUUCACAAUGCAGGAGCAGUAUUGAUUUGACUCAGGAGAAACCGUAUGAGAAUCAAACUGCAUUGUACAUUACUCAUCUCCUUGGUGGUCAUUCACAUACCAUAUGCGACUAUUUUAGCCAAUCGUUUAAAUGUAUACGCGUAUAGUUACUGAGUCAACUCUAUCCAUAUGAAGGAGUGAGACCUUAAAGACCGUUACACAACCACCGGACCCUUUCUCACCUUGCACCUAAAUAAAGGUCACCUUUGGCUGUGCUGUUGAA